UGAGUUUUAUUAGUGGCUAUUAGCAAAUAGUCUAUAAAUGUAAAUUUUAACACUGAAGUGUCAAUAAUGUAAUAAAAAAUUGUUUCUGAAUUCAUUUAAAAUGGAACAUUUGAAAGUGCAUGUACGCCAUAUCAUGUUGUGGGAGUUUAAACUCGGCAAAAACGCUACAGAAACAGCAAAAAAGAUUUGCAAUGUCUAUGGCAGUGGCGUGAUUUCAGACAGAGUAGUUCGUAAGUGGUUUACAAAAUUUCGUUCAGGUGAUUUUUCCUUAAAAGAUGAUGAAAGACCAGGCCGCUCCUCAGACUUCGAUGAUGACGUUUUAAAGGCCUUGAUUGAGCAGAAUCCACGGCAAACGACGAGGGAGUUAGCAGAGAAGCUGCACACAUCCCAAUCAACUAUCAAUCGUCACCUCCAAAAGCUAGGAAAAGUAAGCAAGUUGGGAGUUUGGGUUCCACAUAACCUCAGUGAACGGAAUAAGGCUGACAGAAGGUCGAUAGCUGCUACCUUGCUUUCUUGGCAAAAAGAGGAAUCAUUUUUGGCUAAAAUUGUUACGGGAGAUGAAAAGUGGAUCACAUACGAAAAUGUUAUUCGAAAAAGACAAUGGGUUGACAAAAAUGAUCACUCGGCUCAGGUCACAGUUCACGUGUUAAGAGCUCAGCUUAGCUCGGUAUUUCCAAAAGAUGACUUGAACAUUGUUGAACUCUAA